AUAUGGUAGUAGUUUUAUCGACUGAGACUGUUUGUAGGAAUUGAUGAAUUGGUACACUACUUAGGUCUUGAUCUUCACAUUUUCCGAUUUCUCUCUUCGUCAGACUCUCGAAUCUUGAUUGAUUACCUGGUCACAGGUUCGAAACCAGAAACAGCCUCUCCGUGUGGAGGUAAGGGUUGAAAUGAUGAUAAUAACUAUGCUCUAGAGGUGUUGUAGCCCAUUCUAUAUGGUAAUAGAGGUGUGAAACGUGUUUUUAGCAUGGCAAAAGGAAGAGGCAAGAAGUUAAGAGACAUGGGGCAGCUUGUGAGCAACCCUAAUGAAAGCAAAAAGAUCAAGAAGAAAUUUUCCAAGAGAAAGAAGAAAACUUCAAAAAUAUAUGAUGCUUCAAUUACCACAGGCCUCUCUUCUACUUCCAUUUCUAGCCCUACUACUGCUAGUGGCACACUUGUUGCCCCUGUUUCUAUUCAUACAACUACUAAUGAGAAUGAAGUUGUUACACAAGGAAGAAAGGAAGAGGAGGAAAACAGUGAGAGUUCAAUAUCUGGUUUUAUAUUCAUGUGCAAUAAUAAAACAAAACCUGAAUGCUACCAAUAUCGUGUUUUUGGGCUUCCAAAAGGAAAAUUGGAAGUUGUGAAGAAAAUAAAACCGGGUAUGAAGCUCUUCUUAUUUGAUUUUGACUUGAAGCUCCUCUAUGGUGUAUACAAGGCAACUUCCACUGGAGAGUUGGGACUGGAAACAGCAGCUUUCGGAGGGAGAUUUCCUGCUCAGGUUAAAUUUAAGAUCUUUAAGGAUUGCUUACCUGUUCCUGAGAGUGCAUUAAGACUUGGUAUUGGAGACAUCUACCAGGGACGUUCCAAGUUUAGGCAGGAGCUCAGUCGCAGACAGGUGGAAACUUUAAUUUCAUUCUUUCGUCCAAUCACUGUACCAUUGCAAGCCUCUGUUGCUCCUCCACUACCAAAUUUGGCCCCACAACACUCAUUUGUGGCUCCUGUCGUGGAGGAGAGAUUCCAGCUGCCAACAAGGCUUCCUGCUUCUGCUUCUCCACUCCCAAAUUUGGGCCCACCAUGUUCAUUUGCGGCUCCUGUCAUGGAGGAGAGAUUCCAGCCACGCACAGCCACAAGGCUUCCUCCUCCACAGGAGCCAUAUAUCUCAGGAGUGCACCAUAUUGAUGCCUCACCAGCAUUUGAUCCUCGGUCUGUUCAAGGUGCCCCACCGCCAUUGUAUGAUUAUUAUGGAUCAGCAGCCUAUGUGGCACACUUUCAACCUCCUGUAGAAAGUCGUUAUGUUGUUCCUCCUCAUAAUGUUGACCCAUACCAUUCGGGUGCACGCUCCCAACCCUCUGUAGAAAGUCAUCAUGUGGUUCAGCAGGUUGUUCCUCCUCGUAACGUUGACCCAUACUAUUUGGCUGCACGCUCCCAACCCCGUGUAGAAAGUCAUCAUGUGGUUCAGCAGGUUGUUCCUCCUCGUAACGUUGACCCAUACUAUUUGGCUGCACACUCCCAACCCCCUGUAGAAAGUCAUCAUGUGGUUCAGCAGGUUGUUCCUCCUCGUAACGUUGACUCAUACCAUUUGGCAGGAGUGCAUGAGCCAUAUUUUCCUGAAAAUCCUGUUUUAUCCACACAGGAUCCUCACAAAAGGUAUGUGGUCGCACCAGAUAUGGUUCCAAGGGAUCAGUUUGUAGGUCAUGGAAGUGAAUAUCAUAUGUCACUGUUGCUGGGGGAGAAAGAAACUAUUUCACACCCAGAAUGUGUAGUUGAUUACCAUAAUCAACACCUACCACCUACUGUAUCUUCAUAUGCUACAUUACAGGCACGUGCUUUACCACAGUCAUAUGCUCCAUUGAUACCAUCAAAUGCACCAGCGGGAUUAUCGUCCUCUUAUCAAGCUUAUUAUACAGUGCCAGCCGCGACGGAUACAAGUAGGGUUUAUGUUGAUCCUCAUCAAACACCACUGUCUGGUGAGACUAACUUUGUUGGAGCAAAUGUGCCAGUCUCUUCUCUUUAUUCUUUUGCAGGAGCAGCUCCAACUUACCAGUAAGUGAGGUUAGAUGAAGGGACUCUGAUUUGGCGGGUAUGAUUUGCUUUCGCUCUUUGUAGAAAAAACUAACUUUUUACUCCAUUCGUUUAUAUUUUGCUAUCUUUUGAACUAAAUGGAGAUACAUUUUCCUACCCUUUGACAGUAGAUUGGGAGUUUAAUAAUUUAUUAACAUUAGAAGAAAGUUUGGUGGGAAUUGUUUUGGAGUCUUCAGAAGCAGUUUAGGAGAGAAAUUUAGGUAGUCUUUGGCAAUGCUCUUCUUGGAGGCUUCGUUACCGUUGGUAAUGGACUGAUCUGCUAAUCUUAUUUUGUUAAAAUGUGGAAUCGUUUUUGGUACAAUAGUCUGCAUCACACAAUGAGGGUUCCUUUUACCUAGAACCUGUAACCACUCCCCGUCCCCUUGCACUACAAUGGUCCCCUUUUAUGAUAUAUAAGAUAUACCUUGUGAAAAGUGGGGUUGACCCCAAUGUUAGAGACAAUGUUCUGAUGUUAAGCUACAAAUGAUUGAAAAAAUGUUUAGGGGGGUGUGCUGAAAUUCAAAACUUUUGAUGUGAAGAAACUUGCAAUUAAUUGAUUUUUCAAUAUUUUUUUAAUGAGGGUUUUGUAGCUUUUUGGUUUGAUGGUGCAAUUUAGUAUUUCAAGAUAUCAACAACAAACUCAUCCAUCAAAUAGUUUCCCUUCUAGAUUUCAACAUUGUUGAAACACUAGUUGUUAGCACUCUUCCAUUUUUCUUUUGGUAUCCUGGGUCAACAGUUUCCAUUAAUUUAGGUUAUAACAUUAACCAUCUUUAAUUAUAUAUGUGACACAAUUAGGUUUUACAUUUAACUUCUUUAUGGCCUGGCAACGCGAUUAGAGAGCAAGGCUUGGCGUUCAAGGAUUAGGAGGGUUUUAUUUGGGUUGCUUUAAAAGUCAAUUCUUGCAACUGGGGAUGAAUCGUUUUCCCUUGGACACGAAGAUAAUCUUUAGGAUGAGAUUUUAGUCAAGACCGAAAUUGGUGUGCACUUCAAUUGGCUUUUGGGAUUGGCAAAUCAGAGGCCAAUGCUGUUGUUAGGAGAUGAGUUUUGGUACCUGAAUCUUUGUCUUGGAAGUCAUCUUGUGUACAAGAUUUGAUGGAUCCUUCUUGUUUUCUGUUGGGUUCUUACAUGCAAUGCAAUUUUCUUGUACCCAGGAUUUCUUGUUUCCUUUAUGCGGCAACCAAACCCAGUAGCUCACUAUCAAUUUGACAUUCGGGUUUGAUUUUCAUUAUUGGUGUUAUAGGAUGAACAAAAUCUAACCAGUUAAGCUGGCAGUAGUUUCUUCUUUGUAAUAUUCAUCUUAGGCAGCAGCUUUAAAAUCUAGUAACGAUCAAUUUGUUUUACCUAAGAUACAUGAUCUGAUUUGUUAAGAAUAUGCUAUGAUAUGUAUGUUAUUGAUGGACUGA